AUGAUCAGUGAAGCCCACCUUUCAGGCAAGGUCGCCAUUGUAACCGGGUCAUCGCGCGGUAUCGGAGCUGGCAUUGCCCUCGAGCUUGCCAAGAAAGGCGCAAAAGUGACCAUUGUGUUCACCUCACCCAGGAGCGAGGCAGGAGCGAAAGAGGUGGCUUCCCAGAUAGAGCAGCUCAAUAACGGCAGCAGAGCGAUAGUCGUACAGGAGAAUCUGCGAGAGGUCGAUGCGCCCGACCGCAUCGUCAAAGCCACGUUGGGGGCUUUUGGUCCCAAGAUAGACGUUCUCGUAAACAACGCGGGCGUCUUAUUGAGCAAAUCUCUGCAAGAGACUACCGCAGAAGACUUCGCUGCCAUCUUCGAUGUCAACGUUAGGGCGCCGUUGCUGAUGACCAAGGCUGUCGAGCCGUAUCUUCGCGCUCCGGGAAGGAUCAUCAACCUCUCCUCGGUCGGCGCACGUCAAGGUUUCGAAUCGCUGGCUAUGUAUGCCUCAUCGAAAGCUGCUAUCGAGGGCUUGACGCGAGGGCUGGCGGCCGAACUAGGGCAUGUGGGACACACCGUGAACGCGGUUGCGCCUGGCCCUGUGGAGUCAGAAAUGCUCGACGACGUGCCGCAGGACCUCGUGGAGGUUCAGCUAAAAACAACUCCGGUCGAACAUCGCCAUGGAACAGUGUGA